AUUGCAGUCAACGACUUCAUUUUUAAGUCACCUUGAGCUUAAAAAUGGCCAUUGCUCCAUUUUUUUUUAAUAUAUAUUUUCUGUCUUAGCGUUUCCAUUUUUAGAACCAAAAUCCAAUUUUACUUUGUCUAAGAGAGAGUUAGAGAACUUGCUGUCUUUUUGUUUGUUUGUUUGAAGCUCCCUACUACCCACUACUACUAUUCAGCUCUUCCGUUGAAACAGGCUCAGUGCUGAAAGCCACACAAACUCUCUCUGUAAACUUCUAGACGGAGAAAUUGAAUAAUGGAGAAACGGGUGGCGAUCAUUGGGGCAGGAACGAGUGGCCUUCUUGCUUGCAAGUACAUAUUGGAGAAGGGCUUUAAUCCCAUUGUUUUUGAAGCUAAAGAGGGCGUAGGAGGACUAUGGAAUCAUACUAUAGAGUCCACCAAACUCCAAAAUUCCAAAGAAUCUUACCAAUUUACAGAUUUCCCAUGGCCUGCUUCAGUGCAAGAAGUGUGUCCUACUCACACUCAAGUGCUGGAGUAUCUUAAAUCCUAUGCUCAGCACUUUGGCAUCAUUCCUUACAUCAAAUUCAACUCCAAAGUCAUUGAUAUAGACUAUGUUGGAGAGCCUUCUGAAGAGAUGGAGUCAUGGGAUCUAUGGGGAGGAACUAGCAAGCCUUUUUGCUCUAAAGGGAAAUGGCACAUUGUCGUGCAAGAUACUAAAUGUUGCUCCACAGAGGUUCACCAAGUUGAGUUUGUGGUUCUUUGUAUUGGACGAUUCAGUGGUGUUCCAAACAUACCCGAGUUCCCUCCAGAUCAAGGCCCUGAAAUGUUCGAAGGUAAGGUGAUCCAUUCCAUGGACUACUCUGAAAUGGGCAGUGCCAGUGCAGCAGAAUUGAUCAGAAGAAAGAGAAUUGUAAUCAUUGGUUCACUGAAAUCUGCGGUGGACAUUGCAGCAGAAUGUGCAAAUGCAAAUGGAGUUCAGUACCCUUGCACAAUGAUUCUAAGGACUGCACAUUGGUUACUCCCCAGUAGCACUUUCUGGGGAGUAAGCCUUGGCUUCUUGUACUGCAAUCGUUUUUCGGAGCUUCUGGUUCAUAAGCCUGGUGAACCAUUCCUACUCAAGUUUUUGGCUACCAUGCUUUCACCCCUGAGAUGGGGAGUCUCAAAAUUUGCUGAGAGCUAUCUUAGAUGGAAACUCCCAUUGAAGAAACAUGGACUGAUACCAAAACAAAGCUUUCUUCAAGAUCUCUCUUCAUGUCGGGUUGGAUUUUUGCCCGAAAAUUUUUAUGACAAAGUGGAAGGAGGAAGCAUUGUUUUAAAGAAAUCACAGAGCUUUAGCUUCUGUAAAGAUGGUCUGAUCAUUAAUGGAGAACCUCAGCCACUAAAAGCAGAUCUUGUAAUUCUAGCCACAGGAUACAAAGGUGACCAAAAGCUUAAGAAAAUGUUCAAAUCUCAAAUCUUCCAGAAGUACAUUGUCGGUUCAGCAAGCUCAAUAGUUCCCCUCUACAGACAGAUUAUUCAUCCUCGAAUUCCACAACUAGCCAUAAUAGGAUAUGCAGAGGGUUUCUCCAAUUUGUGUACCUCUGAAAUUAGAUGUCAAUGGCUAGCACAUUUGCUUGAUGGGAACUUUGAAUUGCCUAGUAUAAGAGAGAUGGAAAAGGAUGUCAUAAUGUGGGAAAAUAACAUGAAGCAAUAUGCUGGAAGGUAUUUCCAGAGGUCAUGUAUUGGGAACGUAAAUAUUUGGUACAAUGAUCAAUUGUGCAAAGACAUGGGAACUAAGCAUAAAAGAAAGAAGGGAAUAUUUGCAGAGUAUUUUCAACCAUAUGGACCAACAGAUUAUGCAGGUCUCACCAGUUUGGACCAACAGCGAGGAAUGAAGAUCGACUAACUGGAAAUGAUUGCACAAGUUUGUUUAUUGAGUCUUGCUCUCUCUCCCCAUUCUUCAAAUAAUAUCAGAAAAAACACAGACAUUAUUGCAAAGCAGCUACUCUUUUUCCUUUUUAAA